GCAGCGGCGGCGGCGGGAGCGCGCCCGUUGCAAGAUGGCGGCGGCCAUGCUGGGCCCCGGGGUUGUGUGUGCGCAGCGGGCGGCGGCGCGGCCCGGACGGCUGGCGCGGCGACGGCGUUAGCCCGGCCCUCGGCCCUUCUUUGCGGCCGCUCCCUCCGCCUCUUCCCGCCUUGCCCGAGAUGGAUCUGCCCAUGGGCCCCGGCGCGGCGGGGCCCAGCAACGUCCCGGCCUUCCUGACCAAGCUGUGGACCCUCGUGAGCGACCCGGACACCGACGCGCUCAUCUGCUGGAGCCCGAGACGGGGUUUUGCCAUGUUGCCCAGGCCAGUCUCCAACUCCCGAGCUCAAGCAACCCACCUGCCUCGGCCUCCCAACGUGCUGGGACCACAGGCGUGAGCCAGCGCAGCCGGCUGGAAAACUGGAACUCUCAUUGGCUGAGAGUGGCAGCCCUGGAGCUCGGACUCCCCCACCUCCCCAGGAUUUGUCAUUGCUGCUGUUUGUUGUGGUUAUCUGUCAGAGCGGGAACAGCUUCCACGUGUUCGACCAGGGCCAGUUUGCCAAGGAGGUGCUGCCCAAGUACUUCAAGCACAACAACAUGGCCAGCUUCGUGCGGCAGCUCAACAUGUAUGGCUUCCGGAAAGUGGUCCACAUCGAGCAGGGCGGCCUGGUCAAGCCAGAGAGAGACGACACAGAGUUCCAGCACCCAUGCUUCCUGCGUGGCCAGGAGCAGCUCCUUGAGAACAUCAAGAGGAAAGUGACCAGUGUGUCCACCCUGAAGAGUGAAGACAUAAAGAUCCGCCAGGACAGCGUCACCAAGCUGCUGACGGACGUGCAGCUGAUGAAGGGGAAGCAGGAGUGCAUGGACUCCAAGCUCCUGGCCAUGAAGCAUGAGAAUGAGGCUCUGUGGCGGGAGGUGGCCAGCCUUCGGCAGAAGCAUGCCCAGCAACAGAAAGUCGUCAACAAGCUCAUUCAGUUCCUGAUCUCACUGGUGCAGUCAAACCGGAUCCUGGGGGUGAAGAGAAAGAUCCCCCUGAUGCUGAACGACAGUGGCUCAGCACAUGCCAUGCCCAAGUACGGCCGGCAGUUCUCCCUGGAGCACGUCCACGGCUCGGGCCCCUACUCGGCCCCCUCCCCGGCCUAUAGCAGCUCCAGCCUCUAUGCCCCCGAUGCUGUGGCCAGCUCUGGACCCAUCAUCUCCGACAUCACCGAGCUGGCUCCUGCCAGCCCCGUGGCCUCCCCCGGCGGGAGCAUAGACGAGAGGCCCCUGUCUAGCAGCCCCCUGGUGCGUGUCAAGGAGGAGCCCCCCAGCCCGCCUCAGAGCCCCCGGGUAGAGGAGGCGAGUCCCGGGCGCCCAUCUUCCGUGGACACCCUCUUGUCCCCGACUGCCCUCAUUGACUCCAUCCUGCGGGAGAGUGAACCUGCCCCCGCCUCCGCCACAGCCCUCACGGACGCCAGGGGCCACACGGACACCGAGGGCCGGCCUCCCUCACCCCCGCCCACCUCCACCCCUGAAAAGUGCCUCAGCGUAGCCUGCCUGGACAAGAAUGAGCUCAGUGACCACUUGGAUGCUAUGGACUCCAACCUGGACAACCUGCAGACCAUGCUGAGCAGCCACGGCUUCAGCGUGGACACCAGUGCCCUGCUGGACCUGUUCAGCCCCUCGGUGACCGUGCCCGACAUGAGCCUGCCUGACCUUGACAGCAGCCUGGCCAGUAUCCAAGAGCUCCUGUCUCCCCAGGAGCCCCCCAGGCCUCCCGAGGCAGAGAACAGCCCGGAUUCAGGGAAGCAGCUGGUGCACUACACAGCGCAGCCGCUGUUCCUGCUGGACCCCGGCUCCGUGGACACCGGGAGCAACGACCUGCCGGUGCUGUUUGAGCUGGGAGAGGGCUCCUACUUCUCCGAAGGGGACGGCUUCGCAGAGGACCCCACCAUCUCCCUGCUGACAGGCUCGGAGCCUCCCAAAGCCAAGGACCCCACUGUCUCCUAGAGACCCUGGAGGAGCUGGGCCAGCCAUGGCCUGCCCGUCCCCAGCCCCAGCGCAGGGCUGGUCUUGGGGAGGCAGGGCAGCCUCGUGGUCUUGGACACUGGUGGGUCGGCCGCCAUAGCCCCAGUAGGACAAACAGGGGCUUGGGUCUGGGCAGCACCUCUGGUCAGGAGGGUCACCCCAGCCUGCCAGUCUGCCUUCCUCCAACCCCGUGUCCUGUGGUUUGGUUGGGGCUUCACAGCCACACCCGGACUGACCCUGCAGGUUGUUCACAGUCAGAAUUGUAUUUUGAAUUUUUACACAACUGUCCCGUUCCCCGCUCAAUAGAGAUAUACAGAUAUAUACACACAGGUGGAUGGACAGAUGAGACAGGCAGAGAUCUAUAAACAGACAGGCUCUA